GCGUGGCGGAGAUGUGGAGGCUACUCGCCGAGAGCUCCGCCCUGGGCGGCGGCCGAGCGGGGCCCUGCGGGACUGAUGGGUAGCAGCGCCGGCGGAGAGCAGCCUGGGGGCGGCAGCCUGAGCCCGGGAAUCCUUUCAAGUUCUGGGUUCUCUGUGUUGCGCAAUAGAGCCCGGGGGCCAUGCGGCCUCAUUGGCCCGGGGCCGCGACGUCACGCCGGAGCCCCGCCCGCAGACCCUGCGGAGAGAGUACGGUGGGUCCCAAGCCCGCUACACCUGCAGUGUCCUGGGGGGAGUGGGGGCAGGAGCCCCGCCCGCAGUGGGGGCAGGGAGCGUCUCCGGGAUGCAGGCGGAGGGGGAAGCCCAGUCCUGAAAUGCUGCGGAGCCUGAGUGGGCUGCCGGAGAAACUUCCCAAUAGGGGGCGGCAACACCUUUGGAGUGUUGGGGUCUGGACCCUAGUGUCCCCUGCUCCCUGUGAUUGAGAAUGAACAGAAGGUGUCACCAACCUGGAGGAAGGGGGACUCCUUGUUUCCGCAGAGCCAGCCCCCUCUCACUCUGCAUUUGGAGACCUUGCUCUCCACCCCACCCCAGUGACACUCCUCCCCCAUCGCAGGACCACCACGCUCAGGAGUCCACAAAGCCAGCCUUCAUACUUCCUCCCUGUGCUGCACUGGGCUCUGAGCCUCAGUGUUCCCAUCUGCACUGUGGGGACAGUAGGACCCAUCUUGCAGGGGCAGGAGGCCCAGAAAGACAACCUCAGCUCAAGGAACAAAAAAAUGCCAAGUUUCCGAGCAUUUUAAUGUUUCAGACAUCAGGAUUUUGAUGUCAGGCGGGUGGAGUUUGGAUCCUGGCUCGGGAACCUUAAGAGCUUGGUUACCUCCCCUUAACCAUCUGUAAAAUGGGAACGAUGGCAGUCCUUCAGACAAGAUCACUGGGGGUGCGAACUGAGGGGAGUGUGCCUGUCCGAAGGAGGAUUGCCUCCUCCCUCUACUUGUAGGGCACAUUCUCCUGCCCACAGACCUAGGGCCUUUCCCUGCAGUGAGACAUUGCUCGGCUAGACUCAGGGAAGAACCGGCACCAGGAAGGGUUGUACCAGUGGCAGCCUGUGGCACCUUCCCUACCACUCUGCACCAGCAAUCAACAGGUGGGCAGGGUGGGCUGGGCCGGGCGCAGGGUCACAGGAGUCAGACAGCCUGCUUGGGCUUCUGAGGGAUGGCCUCCCAAUCUGACGGCCAAGGUGGCGCGAUGCAAGUAGAAAUAGAUGGCAGGCCACCAGGUGCAUGCCGAAUCCGGUUUUCUGUUUGAUAAUGUAAGCCUCUGGCCCACAGCAGCAUGCAGACUCUGCCGGCUCUGGACGCCUGGUAGGCUGCCAGACACCCCACCUGGCUGUGUGUAGCCCUGUGGCCUCAUUACCCUCCAAGCUGGGCUGUCCCAGGUUCUGGGUGGGGUGACUGUGCGUCUGCCUGCAGGUCUGAGGCUCAUGCAGACCUCUGAGCUCAGUGUCUUGAAGAGACAGCAUAGCUCAGUGAGCAGGGAGGUCUUUGGUACAGACAUCUAUGUGGCAAGCAUUUAUUGAGCACUUACUGUGUGCCUGGCUCCAGUCUAAGCGCUUUCCCUGGCAUAGCUUACCGGCUACCCACGCACUUCUCGAGGUAGAUACUAUCAUGUCUACGUACAGAUGAGAAAACUGAGGCCCAGCAGAGGCACAUGACUGGCUGGGGCGCUAAAGCUGGAGCCUAACAGCUCUUCACCCCACACCGGGUGGCCUCUGUAUGCUGAAGUCAGGGAGGCUCGCUGGACACCUGGACGGCUGGGGGAGGGUUCAGUGGGGCCGCCUCACCUCCCACGCUGGGUCUGGGGUGGGGAAGGGGAGGCAGCUUUGCGAGCAGAAGCCUAAUGUUUGGGAAGGAAGUUCCCUGGCCCCAGAAGUCCCCCAACCCCCACUAAAAGGCCCUUAGUGGGCACUGGUGUGGUCCAGAUUAGACUCCUCCUCUGGGUCAGGGGUCUGGGCAGGCCCACUGCAGGGGCACAGAGAUGAAUGAGACCCAUCAGGACUCAGAUCCUUCGGUGUCCAUGGGGCUCAGGCCGCACUCUGCACAAGACAAGCAGGCGAGCCUGGCAGCGGGCUGGGAGGUGCCACUUCCCCUGUCCUGAGCGCCAGGGGCCUGCGAUGGCCUGUCCACCCCAAGCUGGAAACAGUCCCUGAAGGAUCACGUGGCUGUGUCUGGUUCAGUGGUGCCCAUAAGUGUUGGGGGCAACAAAUUUGCAGCCAAUGAGAUUACACAGGCUAGAGGGUGAGAAGGCCCAAGUGUAGGCAGCGUACAUAGUAGACCUGCACUUAGCACUGCACUUGUGCCCCACGCCACCUGCUCCAGGCUGUGGCCAGAGGGGCCUGCUGUGGGGGGCCUCGCAUCAGAGGGACCGGCCAGCGCUCCGCACAGGGACGUGCCGAGCUGGGAAGGGGGACUCACCGCCUGGCCCACUGGCAGGAUGGGGCCUGCCCCGCGUCCUAGGUCCCUGGUUCCUGCCUAUCCACAGGCUGUCCUUGGGGGCAGGUUCCGGUCCCUGGACCAGCUACGGCCCCGUGCUGCCCACGGCAUCCAGAGCAGCCACCGUGCGUGAGAGCGGGCCUGCCCCGGGCGUUAGAGAUGUGGCGUCUGUCCACCCCAGCCUCCCCCUGGAGGAAGCCUCAUCGUCCCCGUUUCAGAGUAGGACGUGGGUGCAGGGACCUUGCUGGGGCCACAUGGCUAGUGCGCUAGAGCUUAGUGUGCCCCCCAGCCCGGGGUAGUGCCAGGGCCUGCCAGGUGUGCACGGCCAUGGAAGGCCUGCUGGGGGCUGACCUGGGUAAAGCAGGCCGCCCUUUCCCAAGGUGGGCACGAGAGUGGUCCCCAGAGCAUCCCUUCCUCACAGGGGACGUUCGGGGGGCUCAUCCUCCGGGCGUGUCCUCGUUGGCCAAAGGAAGUGGGACCAAUGGAAGUGAGGGCCCCCAGCAUGCACUGGGGGAGCCUCGCGUGGGCUGCGUGAGGAUUUGGGGAGUUUGAUGGUGAGAGGGCUGGUUCUGGGACAGGACCAGGUACACACGCGGCACAGCGCCCACCUGGGCCCGGCCUGGCGGCUUCCCUGAGGAUGCAGGCGGCCUGGAAGGAAGCCUAGAUGCCGCACCUUGACCAGGAGUAGGUGGAGGUGAGGGGAUGUGCACUUAUUGAGCACCCCUGUAUACAUCCCCUGGGAGCCAGGAGGCUCCAUAGAGGGGGGAGGAGGGCGAAGCAGCCCCGCCCAAGCCAGGACCAGACAGGCAGUGGGGCAUGCGGGGACCCCCUCUUUCUCCCACUCCCAAGAGCCCCAAGAGCUUCACUGCCGGAGCCCAAGGGAGAGUCACUGAGAGCUCUUUGGCUCCCCCCGAACCCACUGCAGAUGCUCACGGCCCCUGGUGUCCCCAGGCCGCCACGUGUGAGGGCUGCUGCUCUGAGCCGAGGCCUGGCUUGAGGAGGAUGUCCCAGCCGCCGGCCAGCUCCCGUCUGCACCAUGAGUGAUGAGCGGCGGCUGCCCGGCAGCGCGGUGGGCUGGCUGGCCUGCGGAGGCCUCUCCCUGCUGGCCAACGCGUGGGGCAUCCUCAGCGUGGGGGCCAAGCAGAAGAAGUGGAAGCCCCUGGAGUUCCUGCUGUGCACGCUCGCGGCCACCCACAUGCUCAACGUGGCCGUGCCCAUCGCCACCUACGCCGUGGUGCAGCUGCGGCGCCAGCGCCCCGACUACGAGUGGAACGAGGGCCUCUGCAAGGUCUUCGUCUCCACCUUCUACACCCUCACCCUGGCCACCUGCUUCUCCGUCACCUCCCUCUCCUACCACCGCAUGUGGAUGGUCCGCUGGCCCGUCAACUACCGGCUAAGCAACGCCAAGAAGCAGGCGGUGCACACGGUCAUGGGCAUCUGGAUGGUGUCCUUCAUCCUGUCGGCGCUGCCCGCCGUCGGCUGGCACGACACGAGCGAGCGCUUCUACACCCACGGCUGCCACUUCAUCGUGGCUGAGAUUGGCCUGGGCUUCGGCGUCUGCUUCCUGCUGCUGGUGGGCGGCAGCGUGGCCAUGGGCGUGGUCUGCACGGCCAUCGCCCUCUUCCAGACGCUGGCGGUGCAGGUGGGACGCCGGGCUGACCGCCACGCCUUCACCGUGCCCACCAUCGUGGUGGAGGACGCACAGGGCAAGCGCCGCUCCUCCAUCGACGGCUCCGAGCCCGCCAGGACCUCGCUGCAGAUCACCGGCCUGGUGGCCACCAUCGUCGUCAUAUACGACUGCCUCAUGGGCUUCCCUGUGCUGGUGGUGAGCUUCAGCAGCCUGCGGGCUGACGCCUCGGCGCCCUGGAUGGCACUGUGUGUGCUGUGGUGCUCAGUGACCCAGGCCCUGCUGCUGCCCCUAUUCCUCUGGGCCUGCGACCGCUACCGCGCUGACCUCAAGGCUGUCUGGGAGAAGUGCGUGGCCCUCAUGGCCAACGAUGAGGACUCGGAUGACGAAACCAGCCUGGAAGGUGGCAUCCCCCCAGACCUAGUGUUGGACCGCUCCCUGGACUACAGCUAUGGGGGUGACUUUGUGGCCCCGGACAGGACGGCCACGUAUGAGCUCUCUGCCCUGGAGGGGGACCUGCCCCAGUUCUGCCCUCCGCGGCCCUUGCAGGACGACAAGAUGCGGUACCUGCAGGUCCCGCCCACGCGACGCUUCUCCCACGACGACGCGGACGUGUGGGCCGCCGUUCCGCUGCCCACGUUCCUACCGCGCUGGGGCUCUGGCGAGGACCUGGCCGCCCUGGUGCUGCCCGGCGGGCCCGACCGGCGCCGCGGCUGCCUGCUGGCGGAGGACGCGCCCCCCUUCCGCCCCCGCCGACGCUCGGCCGAGAGCCUGUUGUCGCUGUGCCCCCCGGCCCUGGACGACGGCCCGCGCCUCGCCCCCGGCUCGCCCCCCGGCAGCCCGCGCCGCCGCGCCGGGCCCGGCGCCCGCAGCGCCUCGGCCUCGCUGCUGCCCGACGCCUUCGCGUUGACCGCCUUCGAGCGGGAGCCGCAGGCCCUGCGCCGCCAGCCCGCCUCGCCGGGGCCCUUCCCCGUCCGCGCCCUUCCCCGCGACGGCGCCCAGCCCGGCGGGGACGCGGCGCCUCCUGGCGGCGGCAGCGCGCAACGGAGCCCCGGGCCGCGCCCGGCCGCACACGCGCGUCCCAGGACCCUGCGGACCGGCCUGAGCGCGUCGUGGGGCGAACCCGGGGGCCUGCGCGCGGCGGGCGGCGGCGGCGGCGGCGGCGGCAGCACCAGCAGCUUCUUGAGCUCGCCCUCGGAGUCGUCGGGCUACGUCACGCUGCACUCGGACUCGAUGGGUUCGGCGUCUUAGGGCCCGCCGGCGCCUCCCCAAGUCUCCAGGCGGCCCGGGCCACCCACGGGGCCAAAGCACCAAAGAUGCCAUCCUAACCCGGCCCAGGCUCGGGGCGGGCUACGCUGAGACCGCCGGCGGCGCCUGGGCUUGCACUAGCCCUGACGGGGCGGGCUGUCUGCCGCCCCGGAAGCGGCCAUUGCCUGGAGGGGCAACGCCUGCCCUGGACGACCACACUGGGCGCGGACCAGCCUCUGGGCAGGGCAUCUCCGGGCAGAGUGAGGCUGGGGCUUGGGAAAAGGCGGGCUCCGCACGGGGCAGCUGGGCUGGGGACGUGGGGUGGGGGGGAGCCCGGAGACGGGGCGACCGCCGGACGGAACAAAGCCCAGCCCUGCAGGAGCCACCAGACUGCACCCGGCUUCCCACUCUGCACCGUAAUUGUCACACCUCAGGGGGUGGGAUACAGAGGGUCUGUAAGCACAGGGGUCUUCAGAGCCCAAGCCAAGUUCUCUGAGCAGGUCUCCCUGCUGACUUGUUCUGCCUUGGUUUCCGCAUCUGUAAUGAGCAGGUGACCAUGUUAACGCUCAGGACUGCGGACAAGUCUCCUGGUCUGUGUGCCCCGGCCGCCACCGAGUGGACACAGAGUAAGAGUAGUGGAGGACCCUCCAUGGGUCCUUUGUGGGGGCCAGUUUACAGGGGCCUGGCGUGGCCCCCAAGCCUGAGGCCUCCCACACUUAGUGCCCCUGGCCCCCUUGAGAACUCUCCCCAGCCGAGCUAAAGCACAACACUUCUGCACCAUCACCAUGGGCACCACACCCACCUUGGCCGCUGUUAGCAUCCCACCCUCAUCACUGUGCCUCCGUUGCCUAUGCACACCAUGUCAGCCACCUCUGUGACUCCCACCAUGAAGGUCGUGGGUACGUGGUGGAGAAAACUGAAGCAAAGGGGGAGCGGGCUUCCUUAUCCUGGCGCCCACCCCCAACCCGUGCAGGUCUGGCCAGGAAGGGAUCUUGGCUUAGAGGCCUCGCAGCUUCUGGGUCCAAGGCCUGGUCCGUGGUAAGAGUUCCUCCACCCUGGGGCAGGGGUCUUCUUUGCUCUCCAUGCUGGGCAGACCUCUUGCAGGCCUGGGCUUGGCCAUGGGCCCUGGGGAGGGCCUGCUGGGUCUUGCAUGGAGGAAGACCCUAGACUCAGGCUAAGGAGAAGCCCGGCAACAGCUGUGGACUUCGAGCUGGAGGGGCCGGGGUGAAUACAGAGGCUGUCUCCUUCCAUCCCCUGCCUCCAUGCAGUGGCCCCUGCACGUGAAGAUCUGGAGGGGGUUCCGGGGCCCUCAAGGAGCUGGUCUACCCCCUCUUCCCUCCUGCUCUGCAACCUGGAAUUGCAGCACUGCUUCUGCCCCUCAGGUGGCCAAGCCUGUCUCCUCACCCUCCAGACAGGGUCCCAGCUCCAGAGAGGCCUCUGGGAGCCGGGAGAACAGGGGGGACUACGCAGCUCUGUCUCACCUUCAGAGGCCCCUUCAGUCUCUGGCUGUGGGGUAACUUGGGGGGAGGAGCUGGCCACAGGUGAGUAAGGCAGGGGGCUCCAGUCCAGCCUCAGCCGUGGGAGGCCUGCCUCGCCAACGCGGCUGUGCCUUCAAGGACCAACGUGUGACAUGGGGGCAGAGAUAGCCACUGUUCCCCGCCCCCCGCCGGCCGAUUUGUCACCUUGGGUUUUUAUAUCCAAUCUGUGUAUUUCAUAUCCAAUGGCAAUACUUGCAGGGAGGCAUGGUCCCCUGAAGUCCCUCCAGUCCUGGUUUUUACAAAAUUAUUAAAGAGGAGGGAGGCCCCUGGAGCCUGGGGCUCCCUCUCUCACGUUGUCUAGCCUCCAGGCCUGUUUGCUGCCCUGAUGAGCAGCUUGACCCUGGGUUCACUGUGGAGGGAGCUCUGUCUUCAUACCACCACCCAGCCCAGAGCCAGGGAUCCGUUUGUAGUUUUUUUGACAACUGAGCAUUUAUCUUCUGUACAGAAUCUAAUAAAAACUUCCUAUGAUUUGCA